AUGGAAGGAAGAAAUGAAAAUAUAUGCAAUGAUUUAAAAAAAGAUAAAAAAGAUAAAAAAAAUGAAAUAAAAAGAGUAGAAACUAAAAAUAUGGAAGAAAAUAUAUCUCCUAAUAGAAAUGAUGAAAAAAAAAAUUAUAAUAAAGAAAAUAGAAAUAGUAUAAAUUCUAAUAAAGAUAAAAACAAUGAACAAGCUAUUAGAGAAAAUAAAAUUGAAGAAAGGAAUAAUAAUGAAAAUGUAAAAAAUGCAUCAGUUGAAAAAAUGUUAAGAAAUGAAGUUACAAGUGAUAUGGACAAUAAAAAUUUUAAGAAAUUAAGAAAAAAAUUAAAUAAUUUAAAUUAUAAAGAAUAUUUAUGUGUCUUAUGUACUCCCUUAGUUCAAAUUAUUUUUAAUGAUUUAAUUCAAGCCAUUCAGAAUUUUCAAAAAUUAUCGAAUAAAUAUGAAGAAUGCCAAAAAAAAUAUAAAGAAUUAAAAAUUGAGAAAAAAACACAAAAUAUAGAAAUAGAAGUAAAUGUAAAAAAAAAUAAAGUAGAAAAUGAUUUCCUUUUAGAUGGAGAAGAAAAUAAUACAAAUUUAAUAAUUAAAGAACACGAAAAAAAAAUAGAAGAGCUAAAUAAAAAGUUGGAAGAUGAAACUACGUUAAAAGAGUCAUACUUACUAGAAAAUAAAAAAUUGAAAUUUUCCCUAGAUAUCAUAAAAAGUAAUAAAAAAGAAAAAUUAGAGGAAUCGACUGAUGAAUUGUCUAAUGAUAAUUUUUCUUGUUUUAAUAAUAAAACAAAAUCAUUUGAUGAUUUUGAAGUUGACAAAAUAAAAAAAAAUGAAAAAAAUAAAUAUAAAAAGGAAAUUAGUAUAAUAAAUGAUUACACUUUAUCACUAGGAAAAGAAUUAACUUAUUAUAAAAAACUAUGUAAGGAUUUUAAAAUAGAAAUAGAAGAAUUAAAAAAAAAAAAUAUACAAGAUAAUAAUUUAUGUGAUAAUAAUAAAGAAGAAAUAAAUGAAACUGAAGAAAAGAAUAACCAAAAUAGUAAAGAUAAUGCAAUAAAUGAAAGUGUUAUUGAAGAAAAAAAUUUAGAAAUUAGCUAUUUAAAAAAAAGGUUAAACGAAUAUGAAAUAGAAAUUAGAAAACUCAAUGAAUUAAGAAUGAUGAAUGAUAUAAAAGAAGAAUUCAAGAAUUCAACAGAUAGUUAUAUUUGUGAAAGUACACUAAAUGAGAAUUAUAAUGACCAAAAAAGUUACAAUUUCGAUUUAGGAGAUAAUAUAAGUGCUGAUGUUUUAACAAAAAAUGAAGAUUGCAUUAAUGAUAUAAAUAAUUUAAAUAAAAUAUUAAGAGUGAGGAAUAAUGAAAUUUAUCAUUUAAAAAACCGUGUUUUGCUAUUGGAAACAGAAUUACAAAUUAAAAAUGAUGAAGAAAAAAAAUUGAAAGAAAAAUUAAAUUUAAUAAAUGAUGUUGACAAUAAAAAAAAAAAGAAUAAUAUAUAUAAAUCAGAAAGUAGCGAAAAUAAUGAAGAAUUGCAUGAAUUACAUGAUUUAAAAAAGGAAGUAAAAUUGAAGGAAGAAGAAAUAAAUGAAUUAAGUAAUUUAUUAGAGAAAUUAAAAAAGGAAUUAAAAGACGAAAAAAAAAGAAGUGAACAAUAUGAAAAACAGUAUAACGAGGAAAAAAGUGAAAUAGCAAUAUUAAAAGAAGAAUUAAAAAAUUUAGAAGAAGAAAUUCAAGUAAAAGAAAGCGAAUUCAAUUUGAAUAGAAAUACAAUUAAUAAUUUAAAAUUAGAAUCAGCUGAAUUUAAUAAUAUAAUUUCUUGUUCUAAUGAAACUAAAAAACAUCUAACGGAUUAUAUACAUAAUUUAUUAAAUAAAUUAAGCGAAUCUAAUGAUAAAAUUGGUGAAUUAAAAGAUAGUAAUAUAUUACAAAAGCAGAAGAUUGAAUCAUAUAAAAAAGAAAUAACAAAAUUAAAAAGUGAUUUAAUAGACUCUAAUAAUCAAAUGGAUGAAUUAGCAUCUGUUUUAGACAAAAAAGAUGAAACAAUAGAAAAUUUUAAAUGCAAAUUAGAAAAUAUGAGCAAGGAGUGCGGUGAUUUAACAAUAAAAUAUAAUGAAUUAUUAAAAGAAAAUAAAAAUUUACAAAUUACUAAUUCUUCUUAUAACGCAAAUACUACUCUAAUUAUUCAACAGUUGCAACAAGAAAUUCAAGUAUUAAAUGUAACUAAUAGUCACCUAAAAAAAAUAGAAGAAGACUAUAAAGUUGUUUUACAAGAAAAAACAAUAAUUGAAGAAGCUGCUAUAAAAAUACAAACAGAAUUAAAGAAAUCAGUUGAUAAAAUUAAAAAUUUAGAAACAUAUAUUCAAACACUAUCAGUAGAAAUAUCAAAUUUGAAAACACAACGGGAUGAUUCAUUAGAUGCAUUAACAAAAGUAGCUAUUGAUAAAACACAUUAUGAAAAUGAAUUGAUACAAAGUAAAAAUAUAAUUUAUGAUUUAAAAAAACAGUUAAGUGAAUAUGAAAGCAAUGUAAAAUAUGUACAGAAUAAUAUAAGUGAAAUAAACAUGAUGCAUCUAAAAAAAGAAGAAGAACAAAUUAUACUAAAAAAUGAAAUAAAAACAUUGAGAGAAAAUUUAAAUGAAAAAACUAUAAAAUUAGAAUUAUUACAAGAAAAAGAAAAAAAAUGGCAACAAAAUGCAAUGGCAUAUGAUGAAUUUCAUAUAAAUGCUCAAAAGAAAUAUAAUUCAUAUGAAAAAAUCAUUGAAAAUUUAAAAAAAGAAAUAGAUGAGCUAACUAUAAAUAAUAACGAUAACAUAAUAAUUAUAGAAAAAUUAAAAAAUGAAUUAAGAGAAUUAAAUGAUCAAGAAAGAAAUAGUAUUAAUAAAUUUACGAAUAACUUUUUCAAAAAUCAAAAUGAUUUAAUUAAUGAAAAAAAUAAAGAUAACAACAUAGAAAUCAUACUCCCAAAUAACGAUAAUGAUAUUAAUGCUAAUGAGAUUGGAAAAGAGAACGUUGAAAAUAAAAAUAAUGAAAAAAAUUAUAAUACAAAUAAUAAAGAGUUAUAUAAAAAUGAUUCUUUUAAUGAAAAAUCCAAAGAAGAAGAAAAUAUAUAUGAUUACAAUGAUGAUUUUACUAUUUUUAUCAACGCAAAAAAAAAAAAUUAUAAAAAUAAACUAAAUAAUGACGUGAAUCAAGAAAAAAAUAUUAAAGAUAUGAAGGAAAAAGAGAAUAAAAUGGAUAAUUCAUAUAACAUAAAAGAUGAUAUUACCAAUAAAAAUGAAGAAACAAAUAUGAAAAAAACUUCACAUGGGAAUAAAGAGGAAAUUAGUGUAACCAGUAAGGAAAACAAUAAGUCAACAGAUAUAAGUAAUGAUAAAAAAGAGGAAAAUAAUAAAAAUUUAAAAUUAAGAAAAAAGAAUGCAUCCAAAGAUGAUUUAUGCAUUAUCGGAAAUAUGAAUGCAGAAUUAAAUGAUACAGAUACCUCUUCUAAUGGAAAAAGUACAAAUAUUGACUUUUUGUCUUUUAAUAAAAAUUCUAAGAAAUAUUUAUUAAAUCAAAAUGAUGGGGAUAAUGAUCAUUCGAUAACUUUACUAAAAGAAUUAAGUUUAUCAUCUUUAAAUAAUAUAGAAAAAAAUAGAAAUGACAAAUUAAAUAUAAAUAAUUUUUCUAGUGAAAACUCUUCUUACUUAGGCAACAACGAUAUUUCUUUAUUUAGUAGUGUAAAGAUUAAAAAAAUGUUUAAUUUAAGUAGAACAAAUAACAAUGACACAGAGAGAAAAAAAUUAAUGAAAUAUACUAAAUUAAAAAGUUACAACAAUAAUAAAAAUAAUACUUAUGAUAUGAAUAUUAGUAAGAAUAAAGUGUAUGAUAGUAAGAGGAAUGAUUCUUAUGAUGAUAUAUUUUUUGAUUUGAAAAAUAUUUGGAAACAUAGAGAAGAAGAAAAAGAACUUUUAAAUGAAAAAAUAAAAAAAAGUAAAAAAAAUGAUUUAAAGUACAAUUUUGAAGAUUCUAACUUUACUUUAGACAAAUCAUUCUUUAAUAAAGAAAGAAAAAAUAAAAUGAAAAAUACUUUUGUAGAUGACCACUAUGAAGAUAAUUUUCAAUAUAAUAUUCAAAAUAAAAAAAAAUAUAUUGAAGAAGAAAAAAAAAAAAAAAAAUUAUUGAAAUCAAGUUAUGAUAUUAAGCAUUCUAAUAUUAAUACAGAUUACAAUAAAAAAAAGCUAUCAAAAAAGUCUAACAAUUUCGAAAAUUCAAAUGAUUAUAAAUUAAAAGAAAGUAAAAAUAAAAAAAAUAUAAGUGAUCUUGCUUAUAGCUCUCAGAUGAAUUUAUCAAAAAAUAAUAAAAAAAAUGUUCUAAAUGCAAAUGAUAUUAAUCAAUAUAAUAAAUACGACAAAAAUAUACAUAAUAAUGAGAAAAAUAAAAAGCAAUAUAAUUUUAUUUCUCAAACAAGUUAUGAGGCUAAUAGUAAUACUAGUAGUAUUUUAUUAGAUUCUUUAAGUUCUGAUUUUGCUCACAAUGUUAGUGUUGAUCAUUUUAAUAAUAAUAAUAAUAAUAGAAAUAAUUUUAAUAGUCAAUUAAAUGAUUUAAAUUUUAAGAAUAAAAUAGAUUACAAUAGAAAUAGUAACCAUGAUAAUGCAUUCAUAAAAAAAAAAAAUGAUAAUAGUGAUAGCUCUUUAUAUCAUAAUAAAGAAAAGAAUAAUAUUCAAAGUGGAAAUUAUAAAAAAGAGGAAACAAACUCUACAAGUAAUAUUAAAAAUGAGCAAUUCAUAAACAAAUCAAAAAUAAAAAAAGAUUUAUAUAAUAAAUAUAUGAAUGUCUUGAAAAAUUUAAAAAGUGAAGAAAUUGAUGCUUCUAUAAAUACUACUAAUAAUAAAACAAUAGAUUUAACUAAUGAUCUAACAAAAGUACAAGAAAAUUCCACUUCAUUGUUAUCUUCAAAAACAUUACAAAAAGAUAGCUUGCUAAGUAAUUUAUCAAAAUUUAAAUUUAAUGAAGAAAUUGAUCAAUAUAAAUGUGAUCCUUUAAAAAUAAUUAAACCUAUUGAAGAAUCAAAUAGAGAAUAUUUUUAA